GCUAAACCCAGUUGGAGGUUUUUCAUUAAUUUGCUGAUGGAUGAAGCUAAGUCGGCGGGUAUAUAAGGCGGAGACGGGAAUUCUACACAGUUCCGUUGUUGUGUACGUGGGUCGAUGUUGUAACUCUGUAGUGCUCUCGUAUUAUAUUAGUGUAUAUUCGGAAUCACGUUGUUACGACAGAAAAAUAAUACGUUAUCAAUGUUAUUAUAGAGAUAUAUUUUAUAUUUUGUAAAAAAAAAACAAGAAAAAAAAUUAUUGAAAAAAGUGACCGUUUUUUUUUAUACAAAUCUUUUGAGUGAACUUUUUUAACUGCUGUGAUUUAAACCGAGUUCGAGGAAACUAUGGUCGCUGGAGAACAUAUGAAAAUGAAGUUGGCACCAUCUCAAGACAGAAAAUUGUUCGUUGGUAUGUUGAAUAAACAGCAGUCUGAGGACGAAGUGCGACAACUUUUCCAGCCCUUUGGCUCAAUUGAAGAGUGUACCAUCCUCCGGGACCAGAACGGAAACAGUAAAGGCUGUGCGUUUGUGAAAUAUACUUCCCAUGCUGAGGCCCAAUCAGCAAUCAAUGCCCUUCACGGGAGCCAGACGAUGCCUGUGAGUACCAUAACCGGUGCCUCUUCAAGCCUUGUAGUCAAGUUUGCUGACACAGAGAAGGAACGACAACUCCGAAGGAUGCAACAGAUGGCUGGCCCUCUUGGUCUCCUCAAUCCCUUCGCUCUAUCACAGAUUGGUGCUUAUGGUGCUAUUGCACAGCAACAAGCGGCCAUUGUUGCGGCCGCCGCGUCUCAGGGCCCUUACCUGACAAGCCCAGUAACAACGCUAGCUCACAUCCCUCAGGUCGGCGGACUAACGGCCCCUAAUGGAAUCUCCACAGCAGCCCUGACACCCACCACCGCGUCCCUUGUAGCCAGUGACUUUGAAUUUUGCCCGCGAUCAGGUACUCCCACCCUGAACGGUGGACCACCAAGCGUUCUGUCCCCCACUGCCGUGGCUAGUUUCCAGAUGUCACAGUCCAAUGGUCAGGCACAAGAAAUAUAUGCCAAUGGAAUCCCCCAUUACGCAGAUAACGGUACCUCUGCCUACAUCUUACCAGCACGUAACACUUUUCUGCCCUUUGCAGCACAAGCUAUGGCCAAUGGUGAUCCCCUACAAGCAUACGCUAGUGUCCAGCCGUACGCGGGAAUAGCUUACCCGGCUGCUUACCCCACAAUGCAGCAGGCUUUGGCGCAGCAUGCCACACUUAUUCCCGCUACUCAAAAAGAAGGGGCUUACAUAGGAGGUCAAGGACCCGAGGGAUGCAACCUCUUCAUUUAUCAUCUUCCCCAGGAGUUUGGGGACGCCGAACUGGCCCAGAUGUUUAUGCCGUUCGGUAACGUGAUCAGUGCAAAAGUGUACGUCGACAGGGCGACCAAUCAGAGCAAGUGCUUCGGGUUUGUGAGUUUCGAUAACCCAACAAGUGCACAAGCCGCUAUUCAGGCGAUGAAUGGUUUCCAGAUAGGAAUGAAGCGCCUAAAAGUUCAACUCAAGCGCCCAAAAGAUGCUAACAGACCAUACUAAGAAUCUUAUAUGAAGGGAGAUAAUCUGGUGUGGUGUAAAAGACGAACAAGGAGGCAACUUCAUGACAGAUCAAAUUAUUCCCGAAGUCAGUACAGUCACUUGGGAUCAGACUAAAGCUAACACACAGAGGCUUAGGGAAAGCCUAUAUACGAUUGCUGAACAGUCUAGAAAACAAAUUAGUCGUGUAUAUAUAUAUAUAUCAUAUUACAAUUUGGUAUGAUUAUUUUAAUUGCAUACUGUUAUUGAAAUAAUUUACUGAAUGUUAAAACGCCCACCAUUUGUCAAUGAAAAUGUUGAUAUUGUAGGCAUCCAAAGGUAGAUUGCGAGCACCUUUUCUACUCAAUGUGUCACACACAUAUAACUGAAUGACAUACGUGAAAUUUGUAUGAUCUGAGAAUCAUUUAACAUGUAUUUUGAAGGAUCAUCACUAUAUUUACUGCCAGUUCAUUAAAGGCAAAACAUGGGGUGUGUAAUUAUUCACCCAUGAUUGGUUUACACAAACAGCAUAUGUGUCUGUUAUUGAAAGACCAUCCGCCAAAUAAACUACACGAUUAGUUGAUAAAAGUUAAUGGUGCAUUUGAGUAAAUACGGAAACACCAUAUUCAUGUAGACAUACUUUGUAGGAAAAGGGUUCGAGAAUGUACCUUUGCAAUGCCUAAUUAUGUUGUAUAUAUAAUUACAUACUAGCCUGCUAGGAUGACCCACCUCGCUUCUAUUACAUAUUUUAUGAAUUAGUUUAGUUCAUUGGAUCUUUAUGAUGAAAAGAGAAUACGAAGUUAUUAUCUUCGAUUAAAUUGAUUAUAACAUGUUAUCAUAUUUAUAUAUUUUACAUUUUUAUGAUUUCUUUUGUUACUCAGGUCUUUGUCCCCUUUACUAUUUUGAUGGAUUCAGUUUUUCAAAACAUUCCAUUUUAAAUUCUAUUUAAAUCUGUGACACGGUGUUAUAUACGAUAAACGUUUAGUAGUAAUUGUCAAAGAAAGUGUCCGUGAGUAUAAUGUUUCUACAAAAGUUUCCAAAAUGAGAGACGUUUUCCUAUUGGUUGUUGUGCGUGGAGUAACCAUGGAAGCAUUCAGUGUUGUCAAGAUGACCAUGACAGUAGGAUGUUUUAGUUCAUGUAAUUGAUCACCUUUCAUUUUAACCAGCAUGACGUCACACUUAUGUCUGUUCUUCUGGACCAUUAAUACAUAGAUAUUUGUAUAUAUAUAUAAUAAGUGACGUCAUCGCUCCUGGGAUGAAGGGUGAUCGGUAUAUGAUGUGACAUCACAACCGGGUUUCAAUGUAACCUGAGUCUUAAGUGACAUCACAAUCAGGUUAUAUUUGACCUCUGUGACAUCACGAAAAAUGAAUGUUGUAUUUCACUUAAAUGUGAUGUGUCAGGUAUAUAUUAAUGGCUUUUCUCAUUUUAAUUUAACAAAAAGGGGACAAAGAUUCUGAUGAUUGAGAAAGAAGAUAAUUUUUUGUACAUAGUCAAUACAAUUUUGCAUUCCGUAACAAUUUUGCAUCAAGUUUUAAAAUAUAUACACGUUUCACCCAAGAGGAGCCUUUCUGUAUCAAAUAAUGAACAUCUGCAGUAUAAAUAGUUUAUAUCAAUAGAUAGAUUUCUUAGCUUUUCCUAGUAACAUUUUGCUGACAUAUGCUCUCUGCACAGUUUCAUGUUUUUCCAUCUCGUGAAAUUCUUCACAAUAAAACAAUGGUAUACUGACUACCACACAAAUAGUGCUCUCAUUUAAGGGAAAAUGUAAGUUGAAUGAAUUCAAGUGAUGUAUGCACGCCAAUUGUAACGUUCUAGGACAGAAAAAAGGCAUACGUGUUAGUUAAAACACUACAAAUGAAUCGGAAUUAUACUUCAAAUAUUAUAAUGGAAAAAAAUAUAAGAAAAUAAUCAAAUAAUUAAUUCAGGAUAAUAUAAUGGAAAAAAUCUUAACCUUGAACAGGAAAAAAGUAAAUGUAUGUACUCAAUUUGAGUAUUUUCACACUGGGGAUAUAUCACGAAGGAAACUAGGAUGGGGAAAUAAUAUUUAAAUUUUCUUAAUGAUAUUCAAUGGAUAAACAUGUUUUCUUACAUUGUUUCUGUUGUACGUAAGAAGGGAAUACCUCUAGAAUGUUUCAGUUGCUUUCUAUCACACUUGUCCAUUAGACUCAUUUCUUGACAAUUACUUAACCCUUUCACCCCUAUGUAACCUUAGUAAACUCUACUAUGUAUUGAUCUGGAUAAGUCCAUUAUGGUCUACAGCGGUGAAAGUGUUAAAGAAUGUUUUAACAUUAUAUUCCAAGCCAUGCCAUAUUGUAUUUGCGUCAUUCAAAGAAUUUUCAGACUCUUCACAAUUUAGAUCGAAUUAACGGUUUGGUCCUAUUUUUAAAACUGCAUAAGAAAUCGUUCAAAUGCCAUUUUCUUUAUUGUCUGUCUUUUCUGACGUUCUUCAUAUAACUAUCGAUCUUGUCUUUAAUAUCAUCUUUUUUUGAAAUUCGUUUUAUUUGAAUUUAUCUUUGACGACACAUUGAGAGCUUCUAAAUAUGGUAUGACGUUUCGGAAAAUCUGGUAACUGUUCAUUAAGUGAUCGUCAAAACAUGAGUUAAACGAGACUAGUGUGUUAGCAAGCAUUGGUUAAUUGGUAAAUUUGUACCGUUUCGUUUUCCGUACAUAACUGUUAUAUAAACUAUUAUUAUUUAUUUGUAAGCUGUUCUAUGUUAUCGUUUGGCCGAACACAUGGUUGUUAUGUUGGACACGUAAACAAAUUUGUUACCUAACUUUUUAUCAGGAAUUCGUUAUUUUACAGUUUUUCUUAAAUUAAUUGAUUGAUUAGUUAAUUUAAUUAAUUUAAAGUUAGAGUGGUGUGAAUGAGAACACAAUAUCUGUAUAUAUUUUAUCUCAAUACGUAGAUAGGUAUUUAUUGCUUGAUGUCAGAAAAAAUGUUUUAAUAUGUUUUUAUUAUGAACACACAUACAUAACAAUAUUGUAGAUAUUAUUAUUAUUAAUAAUCCCACUUUCAAAUCAAGCAUUUUUUCAAGGAUAACUUUUUUUCAUAAAAUUGGAUCAGUGUUAUUGAAGAUCUCGUAGAGUUUGUUGAUAUGUAAAUCUGCAUCAUAUGGAUGACUAAAAGAAGAAUGAUUAAUUUGUUAUUGCCUUGUAUAGCAGAGAUGAAUGGAUUACGUAUUGUCGUUUUGAUUGGCUAACAAGAAAAUCUACUUUGGUUAUUCUCAGUUAUUUUCAGACAAUGAUCAACAUUUUAAAGAAAUGUACUGUAGAUAAAACUCUAACGAACUAUUACGAAAGUGGAAUUGUGUUUGUGUACAGUUUUCAUUGAAACAUUUAUAAAUAGAAUUAUUUGAAAAAGUGCUUUUAAAUUUCAUUAAGUGAAGUAAUAUGCCCCAAAUGUCAGGUACUUAAAACCGUUAAAAAGAACUGUAAACAGAUAAAGGGAUUGAUUAAAUGACUUUAGAAGAUUUCAAAUUUAUAAAAGAUGUCUUCUGUUUCAAACCAAUUUCCCGUAUCUUCCGUGAUGAUUUAAGUUGAAUCGCGUCAGAGUGGACAAAUAUCAGUUAUGAAAAUCAACAACGUAAUUAUUGUUUAUGAUAUUGCUGAUAUAGUUGUUUUUCCUUUAUUUAUAAGUUGAUUGUUCCCAAUGAAUAUAUUUUUGUCACAUGCGCACCUUGUGCUAAUUAACAAAAAGUUCAGAAAACUAUUUUUGCUUCAUACUACAAACGGUGCCUUUGACAAUCAUGAACGAAACUAGCAUCCUUUUGAUUGGGUAGAUAAACAUUGAUUGUAAAUUUGUCUACAUGUUUUUUUUUCUCUUUAAAAUUAUAUAAAUUUUGUGGUUGACGGUAUUGUGCUAAGGUUUAUUAACUAUUUUCUGUAAACGUUUUCCCGAUUUGUCGGUUAUUUUAAUAAAGACGAAAACUUGUAACGGAAGCUCGUUAUCAGCAGUCCAGAAAAUAAGAACAAAAGAAACUCACGAUCCGGAAAUAUCGUUAUUCUGUGUAAAAAAUAGGAAAUUGAUAAAUCCGGAAAGAUUAAAUUGAUGCCAUAUACAUUUUGGAAGAUAAACGAAUCAUACAAUUUUUUAAUUUCUUUGUUUAUUGUUCGGCGUGAAAUGUUAGUCUAGAUCUCUUUGUUAUUAAAAUGAGACAUUUUAUAACCAAGCAAGUAAAUUUUGUAUAAGUUUUAAUCGAGAUAGUUCAGAUAACAUACGUGAAGUGACGCUUAAUUUUGUAGUUUUCUUUUAAUCUCACCAUAUUGUUUUAAAAUUAAUUGUCCCCUAUCACAUUGGAAUUAUUAUUUUUUGUAAACAGAAAAUAAGACCUGCUUUUGCAUUUAGAAAACAAUAUGGCGUUUUUCACUUAUUCCCGCGUGAAGUUCAUUUUUUAUUUUGGAGACAAUCAACAUUUACUUAUAAGUCCACUUAACGAUUAUUUCCAACUUAUGUUGUAGUGAAAUUGAUGGUAAUGUACCGUUUGUAUGGAUACAGGUAGGGGUAAAGCUAGAUACGGUUUUGUUUAGAAAUCACUGUAGAUAUUCUUGUUAUUCUGAAAUCCGCAAAUGUUUUAAUUGUUUUAUUUAUUGAAAACGAAAGGCAUUUCUCAUUGUUUUUAAUUUAUUAAAUUUGUUGUAAGAAAUGGUUAUGUGCAAUAUGUAUCCCGAAUUUGUUACAUCUUCUAGUCAAUAUUUAUUUUAACAACAAAUUGGUGCAAUAUGUUUUGUAACCCUUUAUUGCAGCGGAGGACGAACAAUCUCAACGUUACAAAUUUUCAUGGCCUAGAUUUGGUCUAUCUACAAGCCAGCUUUGUUUGUAAGUCAUAUUAUUGGCUGUUUUUUGUUGGUAUAAGAUCUGUCUUUUACCACAUGUUAGAUUGGGCAACUUUCAACAUUGUUGAUUAAAGUAUGUCAGUUACUUAAUAUCGCAUGUGAAAUGUCUAUUACUGAUCAUGUAUUGAAUGUCAAUUGAUUAUGGCGCAUAAUUACAUUAUUCCUGUGCCAUGUGAUGAGUACAUACUCGUAAUUGAAUCUUUAUUUCAACGUAGACUAGAUAACGUUAGAUUAGUAAAUUCCUGUAUAUUCGUAGACUAGUAUAUUCACUAUAGAAGAACAAACUCGCUUAUAUAAUUCACAAGCUCAAUUAUAUAUAUCAUGGAAUAACUUACCUAUCCCCAUCUCGCUCAUUGCGUCUAUGUGGAUCCUGUUGAGAAUAUACCAUUUGUAAAUACGUUUAUCAUCUCUUGCCGCCUAAAUACAACAAUGCUUUUGUUAUGAAUCGAGAUUAAGCUAUUCUUAAAUCAAUAUAGCUCUUGUUUUCUAUAGUUCCGGAAGUUGAACUUGUAUAUCUUGAGACAUUAUCAUGAUGAUAUGAUCGUACCUUGAAACAGAAUGUGAGCUAUCCAAUGUUUUUACUGUUAAACAAUUUGAUGGUUACUCACAUUUCAUGUAAAUAAUGGCAAUGUGCGCAAAACGCUGACAUGACAAUUUGAUUUUGAAAAAAAAACUUUCACGAAAACAGAUUUCACUUGACUAUUGUAGUGAUGUUUGGAUACGUUGUGUAUUGUCAAAUUUUCGUAUUUUACAUACCCUUCUAAUUUUAUAUGCUACAUUGACACCUUAUACAAUCAAUAUAUUUGAAUGCAAGCGUUUUUUGCAAACUUGUCAUUUUGAAAAAGGCAGACAUUUUAAAUGAUAUGAUUCAUUUAUUUUCUACAUUCAAUAGGAUCCAACGGCUGGAUAAAUGUUUUCUGAAAAUUGGUGGUCACGUGAUAUGUAAAUAGCGAUGGUUAAUAAAUAUUCAUGAUGUGAAUUGAUAUUCAUUAGUGUCUGGUCGGCCCUGUAUUUUUUCUCUUCAGAAAAUGUAUACAUAUUUAGAUUUGGUGGUGAACUGUUUUGAUAAAAUAAAUAAAGACAGACUCUAUAUAUUUUUAUAUAAGACAAUAUAUUUUAAAGAUAAUUUCGGUGUUUCUACUAGAUGUGAAUUGUAGAUCUUCAUUACAAUAACAUCAACAAGAUAUGUUGAUAUAUUUUUCAUUUUUUUUUUAAUAAUUUCUCUUGUGAAUUUCGACCAUGGAGUAAUGGAUUUGAAAUUUGAUUUGAAUCGAGGGGAAAUAACUCCAGAUUGAAUAUCACAAGGGAGAUAACUUGAUAGUUACGGUUGUGGUCUGUAUCAGUAUUGUGUCAAGUGUUGUCUACAACGUACGUAGAAUCGUAACAUCUGUCUUUUUAUCACUAUCGUUGCGAGAAAUUCAGUCUAAAUUUUAUUUAUUUAAAAUCGCCAAAACUUACAUAUUUAAUUCUAAAUUGUUUCAAGUUAAAUGAUGGGGACCUACAAAUAUAUAAACAUAAAACAAAUAUUCACCAGCAAAAAUAUGCUGUUGAAAACGAAUACCAUACCUAUUUAUUAAAAUGAAUGAUUCAAAUAAGAUAAAUUGCAUACACAUAUGUUAACUGAAUAAUAGCGUGGCUACCUAUUCAUACAUGAUUUUAACUACAGAAUAUCUCUGGUGGACAGGGUACUUGCACUUUUCACAGGUGGUACUAGUAUUGUAAAUUUUAGCUGUUGUUGCUAAAAGUGUAGUUGUUUCUACUCGGAAUCAAUAACUGUUAUAUAUAUACGUAUAAAACAGUAGUAGUGUGGUGUAUUUUCAAUCUAAUUUUUAAAUAAAGACUUCGGCUUCCAUUUUUAAUGUAGGAAAUAGCAAAGGUAAAACUUCUGAAACAUCUUUGUGGUUUUCUAGACGUCACGAUCACGCACGGAGAUGACACUCUUCCAUGUACCCAUGGUAACUGCCAUUGCUUGGUUUGAGCCAUACCAAGUUGAGUUGACGUUGUCAUUCAGACUCUUGUAAUGCCGUCAUUUGAGUGCAUUUGAAUGGGUAUAUGCAAGUGCUCAUAUCUCUUAUGUGACUGACGUAUUGACAUUCGAAUCCAGGUUUUCGAAAACAUUAAUCCAGCCGUUUCUCAUUUGUAAUUUGUACCUCAUGUUUUCAUUAUUUUGUCGGGGCCAGCUGUCUAUACAGCACAAUGGUGUUAGUGUAACUGGCCAAGUUUAUAGGAUGUAUUUUUCAUUAUUAGUCUCUUAAGAGAGACGUUUAAAUUAUUUUUUUGCACUCAUGUAGUUGAUUCAACUAUCAUCAUUACGCCUGUACAAAUAUCAUUACAAUAAAAAAUAGAUA